AUGAAAGGCGGCGGGAAUGGCAUUGUGCCAGCGUUAGCAGCAGCAGCAGCAACAUCAUCCGCAGCAGUAGCGGCUCGUGUAGCGUUAAUUGAGCAGAAGCCACAGCCACAGUCUGUGCCUGGGCAACCUUCGAAGGUGAAUGGCUUGAAGAAGUUACAGCAGAAGACUAAGCAAAAUAUUAACAAUAAUAAUAACAAUGGACUGGUAAAUGGUAAUGUUAGAAGAGAGAAGGAUGUCCUCCACCUUCCCGCGGAGGUUAGUGAGCAGAAGGAUGUUGCCCCCCAGCUGGUGGAUAGCGAGAAAAAGAAGGGUGUCCUCCAGGCGGAGGCGAAUGACAGGAAGGAGGAUAUUCUGUCAGCAGUUGGCUUGGAGAACGAUGUUCAGUCAUCAUUAGCCACUGAUAAAAAAGAUAUCCAGUCAUCAGUCAGCGACAAAAAGGACAUUCAGUCAACCGCCAGCGACCCAAAGGAGUCACAAGCCAGAAAAAAAAAAGCUUCCAGGGCUAAGAAAAAGGGCCUCAAGAGAAAGAAGCAUAGGCACAAUGGAAAAAUAGCGAAGGCAACGGCUACUGCAACAAAAGAAGAAGCCGCCGCCACUGACACUGCCGCUGCCUCUUCCGCUACUGGUGGUGCAACAAAGGUCGAAGCUAAAGUCAAACCUCAUUUGAUUGAAGGCGUUCGAAUAGCCACGGUGGAACCAAUGGCCAAGCGGCCCAAAUUACAGCUUGCCAAAGCCGGCGAGGGCGACAAACCCAAGACGAACGGCGGCCAACCGAUUGCGCCAAUCAUACAAUUGGAUCCGGAGGAUGACGAGGAGGAUGAGGACACCUCCGACGAAGCGUACAUUGUGCGACACCAGCUUGCCCUGAUCGAAGAACGGCGACGCUUCGAGACUUAUCUCAAGUUUCCGUGGAGCACGCGACCGCGUGCCAAUCGCCGGGUGGACAGUCGCGCCGAAUCGAGUGGCGCCAAUACGCCGGACUCGGCCUCGCCAGCACCACAUCUGGCUGGUUGUGGUGGGGGUGGAGUGGGGGACAACGAGAGCAUACCCUCGCCGUUGGCCCAUCCACUGGAGGGUUUUAACGAGAACGGGGAAAUGGUGGGGGCCACGGCACGACCUCAGACACGUCGAAGGACCACGUCCAGCAAGCUAAAGGAUCAGACGGAACGCCGCAGUGCCACGCCGGACAUAAAAGAUACAUUUGUGGAGCCAUCGCCGUUCGAGCCGCUUAUCUUUCCCCUGUCCGAGGAGGUCUACCAAAAGAUGCUGGCCGAGCGCUAUGCCCCACCCAAGUAUGAGGCACUGAAGCCUGAGGUGAAGCGCACCAAGAGCAAGUCCACAUCCUCCAAUGGCGAUGGGGGAUCAUCGGGCGCCGGGAAGAGCAAACGCCGCAGCAGCAAGUCGAAGACCAAGCUAGUCAAUGGCCAGUUCAAUGGUCAGCUAAAUGGCCAUCAAACGGCGGAUGCUGCAGAGGCGACGUCAUCCACAGCGACUGCAGCAAAGAUCAAUGGUGGCGGCGUUGGCAUGGAGGAGGAGGUGGAAGAAGAUAUGGACGACGGCGUGGACUAUGACCCAGAGCCAGAGGAUAUGCUGUUGGAGGAGCUGGAAGAGGACUAUCCCAAGCAUCAUUUGGCACCGCUCGAUGAUGAUGACGAAAUGCUGCAUGGUACUGAUAAUCUAUACAACUCUGCGAUCGAUGCUUAUUUGGGUGACCAAGAGGCCCUGGAGGAGGACAUGGCCGACGAUCCGUUUGGCGACGAUGAUCCCAAUGAUCCGGAAUGGAAGACCCGCAGCGAUGGAUCACGCAAGCGUCUCUAAUAAGCCGACCCAUUAAUCCAAAGCGAAUAACUUCUCAUUCUCUCUCGUUACCAAUUCAUAAUUUUAACAACAACAAAAAACACACGAUGUUUUGUCAAUUUUAAACACAAAAAGACCCAGACACACAAAUGAGAUGACAUGGAGCUAUCGAGUAUUUUAACUUGUUUUAAAAGAUUUCGUUUUGUUUGUUUUGCCGUCGUUUUGUUGUCGUCCCCGCUGGGCUGAUGACCGACAGCAUGGUACGGCGUACUCUUAAACACUCUUCUAAGUUAUUUAGUUCUACGACACACACACACACACUCACACACAUACACAGAAAACUUGCGCCGAGAGGAGGAAGUAAGGAAAAUGCGAAAAGAAAACUCGUCAAGCGGAAACACACACAUUGUAAAUAAAAAGCAGAAAAAAUCUAGCGGAUAAGCGAAAUAAUUCUAAAGAAAAAACAAAAGGAAGAAAAACCAACCAACUGUAAACUAAAAUAUAAUCGAUAAUAAUCGAGGAUAGGUUACGAUUGCGAUUAAGAAUCGAACACUCCCACCACUCUGGCAAUAGAAUGCAACACUGUCUUGUGUAACUGUGUGGGUGGUGGGUGCGUUCGGUUUAUCGGCGAGAAGACAGUAGGCACUUGGGCUAAAAGCCAAAAUGCGUUCAAGAAUAAAGGAUUUAAGCUAA